AUGUCCGACACAACUGUCCCCACAUUAGGCUACUAUAAAAUCCGUGCGUUGGCUCAACCCAUACGACUGUUGCUAAAGUAUAAGGGCGUGAAGUUUACAGACAAAUACCACGACAAUCCCGGAGCCGUAACACAGCAGACAUUUAAGUGGGAUUGGUAUAAUAAAGACAAAUUCACCUUGGGCCUAGACUUUCCCAACGUACCAUAUUACAUCGAUGGUACGGUCAAAAUAACCCAGAGUCAUGCCAUUAUGCGACACUUGGCCCGAAAGCACGGACUGGUGGCCACCGACGAGACCGGACUCGUACGCCAGGAUGUGUUGGAGCAACAGUUGACGGACAUUAGAUACGGGUUUGGCGUUGGCUUAUUGUAUAAUAAAGACUAUGAGACCGAAAAAGUCAAAUAUUUGGCCGAAACACUGCCCCAACAGUUGGACAGUUUGUCCCGGUUUUUAGGUACCCGUCAGUGGUUUACCGGUAAUGAAGUUAAUUAUGUAGACUUCUUGGCGUAUGAGCUCUUGGAUUGGUUCCGACUUUUCAGCCCCGAAACCGUCAAUAAGUACCAGAAUUUGGUUCAAUUGUUGACCCGUUUUGAGAGUUUACCGGCGAUUAAGGCAUACAUGAAAUCACCGGAGUUUAUAAGUUGGCCACUUUUCUCACCCAUUGAUUCGUGGGGUUUCAAAAAGCAUUGA